AUGAAGACUUUGGCCAUCCUGGUUUUUUGCUCCCUGGCUGUUGCCUGUCUGUCUUCAGACUCCAUGGACUCCAAUGGUGACGACCGUGAUGACCGUGAUGACAACUACCACCGCAACCACAACAACGACCACCGCAGCAACAACAACCACUACAGCAACUAUGGCCAUCAUGGAGUGUUUGUGGAGCAGACACAGGCUGCCGCAGUGGUGCCGCCCAGGAGAGCUCCUGUAGAGCUGUCCCUGACCCAAAUGGAGAGCCUGAGAGAAGUGUGUGAGUCCAACCUGGCUUGCGAGCACAUGAUGGACACAGCUGGAGUCAUCGCUGCCUAUAAUGCCUACUACGGACCUGUUCCUUAUUAG